AUGGAUGAUGAUGAUACAAGCUGUACAGUUAAACUGGGGAUAGCUGCUUCCCAGCAGUCUUCCCAGGCAUGGAAGAGGAGAUGGUUUGUGCUUCGGAGUGGCCGUUUAACAGGAGAUCCAGAUGUACUGGAAUACUACAAAAAUGACCAUGCCAAGAAGCCUAUCCGUAUUAUUGACUUAAACUUAUGUCAGCAAGUGGAUGCUGGAUUAACAUUCAACAAAAAAGAGUUUGAAAACAGCUAUAUUUUUGACAUCAACACUAUAGACAGAGUUUUCUAUUUGGUGGCAGACAGCGAGGAGGAGAUGAAUAAGUGGGUUCGAUGCAUCUGUGAUAUCUGUGGGUUCAACCCUACAGAUGAGGAUGCUGUGAAGCCCCCAGUCAGUUCUUUACAAGCAUCUGCUGAGUUACCCUUGCCCAUCAACACUUCACCGCCUUCCAUGCAAGCAGAAUCUUCCCUACCUCCUCCUUAUCAGCUUAUUAACAUCCCCCCACUGGAGUCUUCUUCUAGUCAAGAAGAUCCUCAGGACUACCUACUGCUAAUUAACUGCCAGAGUAAAAAGCCUGAACCUAUGAGCCAAGGGUCACCCUUUAUCUCUGAAGAAGGGCAGGAGUACCUUCUCUUAGAAGACUUUGAAAGUAAAAAGGUUCCACUGCAAUCUCACGCUGACUCUGCAAAAUCCAGCUCUUCUGAAACAGACUGCAAUGAUAAUGUGCCCUCCCACAAAAACCCUGCUCCAUCCAUGAGCAAGCAAGCUGUGAAUGGCUUUUUUCAGCAGCAAGGUGUCUAUGACUCUCCGCCUUCUCGUACUGGACUACCAUUGGCAGACUCCAGCCUUUAUAACCUGCCUAGGAGUUACUCCCAAGAUGUUUUACCGAAGGCAGCAUCUCCAACGGGGACUGAUGGAGAAGGCGAGCAGCAUGUUUUCAAUACGCCAUCAGCGACAUCGUCAUUAGAUGCACAGAUGAGGCACAUCUCCAUUAGUUACGACAUUCCCCCUACGCCUGGAGGUACUUAUCAGAUUCCACGAACUUUUCCAGAAGGAACAUUGUCUCAGACUUCAAAGUUGGAUACUAUUCCAGAUAUUCCUCCACCUCGGCCACCAAAACCUCACCACGCCGCAGAUCGAUCUCCUGUGGAAACAUGUAGCAUUACUCGCACAGCUUCAGAUACUGAUAGUAGCUAUUGUAUCCCUACAGCAGGAAUACCACCCUCACGCAGUAAUACCAUUUCAACUGUAGAUUUGAAUAUCUUUCGUAAAGAAAUUAGUUCUCAAGACUGUUAUGAUAUUCCACGAACGUUUCCGAAUGACAGAUCUAAUUCAUUGGAGGGCUUCCAUAACCACUUUAAAAACAGAAGCAUGUUGACAGUGGGAAGUGUUUCAAGUGAAGAACUAGAUGAAAAUUAUGUCCCAAUGAAUCCCAACUCUCCUCCACGACAGCAUUCCAGCAGCUUCACUGAACCCAUCCAGGAAACAAAUUAUGUUCCAAUGACACCAGGCACGUUUGAUUUUCCGUUAUUUGGAAAGCAAGUCCCUCCUCCCUCUCACAUGGGUUUCAGGUCCAGUCCAAAGACCCCUCCCAGACGGUCAGUGCCUACUGAAAAAUGUGAACCACCGCCAGUGGAUCGGAACCUCAAACCAGACAGAAAAGGUCAAAGUCCUAAAAUUUUAAGACCUAAACCACAUGGUUUAGAGCGAACUGAUUCACAAACCAUAGGUGACUUUACUACAAGAAGAAAGGCAAAACCAGCUCCACUAGAAAUAAAACCUCUGCCUGAAUGGGAAGAAUUACAAGCCCCAGUUAGAUCUCCGAUCACCAGAAGCUUUGCACGAGACUCCUCCAGGUUUCCCAUGUCUCCCAGACCGGAUUCAGUUCAUAGCACAACUUCCAGCAGUGACUCGCACGACAGUGAAGAGAAUUAUGUAUCCAUGAAUCCAAAUCAGUCCACUGAAGACCCAAAUUUGUUCGGUAGCAACAGUCUUGAUGGAGGAAGCAGCCCCAUGGUAAAACCUAAAGGAGAUAAACAAGUAGAGUAUUUAGAUCUGGACCUAGAUUCAGGAAAAUCUACCCCACCUCGUAAGAAGAAGAGCAGUGGUUCAGGCAGCAGUGUGGCAGAUGAAAGAGUUGAUUACGUUGUAGUUGACCAGCAGAAAACACUUGCACUGAAGAGCACACGAGAGGCGUGGACUGAUGGGCGACAGUCUACGGAAUCAGAAACGCCCACAAAAAGUGUGAAGUGAAAACACUGCUUAUUCUUCAAAGAACAGAAAGGAAUGAAUUUUGAAGAUUUCAAGAACCAUAAUGGCCCUAUUGCGUGACUGUACGGUAUUCACUGGUGUGUGAAUAGGUUUUUGACCGAGUAGGAUGGAAGCCAAAGGACACUUGAUAAGCAUCAGAGGAGUUUAAGAUCAUAAAUUGGCUACGUGGUCUCUGGAAAAUUCGCAACCUGUAAAUGACUUGUAAAAUAGUACCACUUUGCUUUCAGAAAACCUUUCGUUCUGUAGUUAACACAUCUGUAGUAUUACCAUGUUUAUGCACUUUUUCAGUUACAAUGUUGGUUCAGGUAUUCCCAGUUAGUGUACUUUAAUGCCUAAUUCAUUUGCAGAAUUUUUUUCCUUACACUACUAUCCCUUACAAUUCUAGGUUAAUUAAGCUACAUGUAGAUAUGGAAAUUAAUAUUUGAACUUCAUUUUAACAACUUAAAAUCAAUUUUUUGCAGGAAUACUUUCACAAUUGAAUAAUCUACUUGAAGUGUCAAGAGGUGACCGUUAGUUACGUACUUGUUUAUAUUUAAUACAUGCGAAAGAUUAUUUGGAAGUCUGCAGGUUACCUUCCUAACAAAAAUUGCUGUGAUUUAAUAAUAAUGAACUAUACUGGGUUUAGACCUACAAUACUGGCUUAUAUGUUACUUGUUAGCGGUGGAACUUCUAUUGUAUUUUAUUAAUGACAGUGUUCUGUGUUUGAUAGGUGAAGAUUCUGCAGGGUGGGAUCUCACACUUUUUAAGACUGAGUAAUUAAAUAUCAAGUAAGCCUGCAAACCACUGAUGGCAU